AUGCGUGUCCCAGCCCCGCGGUCCCGCGUGCGCGCCAACAUGCCUGCGCCAAUCGCGCUCUAUAUCAUCUCCGUCACCUUCUUUUGGCUAUGCGUGAGCGCAGACGAGCAUUCGCCGGUUGGCGGGACCCGUCCCACCAAUGGCUCUGUGGGCCCCGCCGAUCCGAGAUCUGUGAUGGGACGUGUACCACCGUACCAGCCGCCAGCCAUUGGUGCGGGACCCAUCUCAAUGCAGGGACCUCCCAUUUUCCGGCCCCACAGUCCUUAUACACGUGUAGAACCAUGGAAUCCACACCCGAUGUUUGAAAAACAUCCUUUCGACGUUGUCGCGGAAGACAUGGAUGGUAAUGACGAUGACGGAGGUUGUAACCAACCGUGUCUCAAACAACAUUUUUCGUGCCAAAUAUCCUGCACAUGCAUCGCAAUGGAGAAGCGUUGCGAUGGGAUAGCCGAUUGCGCAGAGGCUGAAGACGAAGCGGGAUGUGCACGUUCCUGUGACGAGAGCGAGAACCGCACCAUCUGUCAACAUACCAACGUGUGCAUCGCUCUCAGCUGGUUGUGUGACGGAGACAACGAUUGUGGCGACUUCUCUGAUGAAACACAUUGUGGUGGGGCAAAUUGCACUUCAGAUCAGUUUCAAUGCAGCAACGGGCUUUGCAUCCAUAAAGAUUGGGUUUGUGAUGGCGACAACGAUUGCCGUGACAACUCCGAUGAGACUAACUGCACCAAGGGCAAAUGCCGUGAAAAUCAGUUCAUGUGUGCAAUGGGUGAAUGCAUAUCACAACAUUGGCGUUGUGACAAAGAAGUCGAUUGUCCCGACAGUUCCGAUGAAGAGGAGUGUAAACUGGAUUUACUACGAUGCGGCGAGAGCGAAUUCCAAUGCGAUAACAAAAAAUGUAUACGAAAGGACUUCCAGUGUGAUGGUGACAACGACUGUGGUGAUUGGACCGAUGAAGAUGCAUGUCCCAUGAUGCCUGGUAGUUGCCACGCUGGAGAAUUUAAAUGUAGCGAUGGAAAGUGUAUUCCAGAAAGAUGGAAAUGUGACUCUGAAAGAGAUUGUUCUGAUGGAGGUGAUGAAGUCUGUGCGCCCCAUGUAAUGCGCAAUUGUACUAACGAUGAGUACACAUGUGCUGAUAAACGAUGCAUUUUGAAAACAUGGAUUUGCGAUGGAGUUCGUGACUGCACAAACGGUGAAGACGAAAUGAACUGUCAAGUGUUUUGCGAAGAAGAUCAGUAUAUGUGCAAAUCACAGGAGCAUCUUGUGAGCAAUGCAUUCAGGAACUGUGUGAACAGGAAACACGUUUGCGAUGGCAUGAAAGACUGUCCACGAGGUGAUGACGAAGAGAACUGUCCAACAAAGAGAAAAUGUACUGCCGAUGAUAAAUGUGAAAAAGAAUGCAUCACUACAUAUGAUGGAUUACCAGCUUGCGCUUGUCCAAUAGGAUUUCUACUAGCUGACGAUGGAUACAGCUGUCGUGAUAUCGAUGAAUGCAUGUACGAACAAGACCCAGUAUGCUCACAAACAUGUUCCAAUACAGUAGGCAGUUUUAAAUGCGGGUGCAUGACUGGCUAUGUUCUACGGCCAGAUGGAAGAUCUUGCAAGCCUAUCGGUCAAUCACCAUCACUUCUAUUCUCAAACCGAAUUGGAAUACGUCAGGUGUGGUUAACUGGCGAUAAUUACAUAUCGGUGAUAAAAGGAUUACAUAAUGCAGUCGCUCUUGAUUAUCACUACGAAAAGGGAUUGAUAUUUUGGUCUGAAAACAAUUUGAGGGUUAUACGAGUGGCUACCAUGGAAAGUGCCAAUAUGACAGAUGUAAUCAAAUGGGGAUUGGAAACACCAGGUGGCGUCGCUGUCGAUUGGAUACACAAUUUGUUAUUUUGGACUGACUCAGGUACCAGACGGGUGGAAGUAGCUACUUUGGACGGUUCGCAAAGAGCAGUAUUGGCUGCAAAUGAUUUGGAUAAGCCACGUGCUAUAGCCGUUCAUCCGGGGGACGCUUUAGUUUUUUGGACGGAUUGGGGACCUAAUCCGAAAAUUGAGCGCGCUGAUAUGGAUGGCAGUCGUCGUAAGAGUGUAAUAGUUGAUCAAAUAUUCUGGCCCAACGGCCUCACUAUUGAUUAUAUUGAGUCCAGGAUAUAUUGGGCUGACGCGAAGCACCAUGCUAUUGAAAAGGCAACUUUUGAUGGACGCGAGAGAAAACGCAUAACUAACAAGGGCCUCCCUCAUCCGUAUGCGAUAACGUUAUUCGAAGAUGCUAUUUAUUGGACUGACUGGCAUACAAAAAGCAUAUCCACUGUUAAUAAGAAAACAGGAAUGGGAAUACAGACCGUCCACGCAGGAUUGAAUGGUCCAAUGGACAUACACAGCUACCAUCCUUUGAGGCAACUCACGCAUUAUAAAAAUCGUUGUGGUACAAACAAUGGAGGUUGUUCACACCUUUGUCUUCCGAACAGUAAUGACCGCACGUGCCGUUGCCCAGUUGGCUUCAACCUAAAUUCUGAUGGCCGAACAUGUGAAGAAACACCAGAAAGUUUACUUCUCUACGCGAGACGUAAAGAUAUAAGGCUGAAACAACUGAAUCCUAAAACACAAACUGAUUCAUUAGAUAUGGUGAUUCCUGUGGAUAGUAUAAAGUCAGCAGUAGCGUUGGAUUGGGAUCAUAACUCUAAUUCUAUAUUUUGGACUGACGUGGAGAAGGAUACAAUAAACCGCGCUUUUCUAAACGGCUCACAUCAAACUACCAUUGUUGGCUCCAAUCUAAUUUCACCAGCUGGUCUAGCGUAUGAUUGGAUUGCGAAUAAAAUAUAUUGGACCGAUUCUGGUACGAACAGGAUUGAAGUGGCGAAUUUUGAUGGUAGUAUGAGAACGUUAUUGGCUUGGAGAAAUAUCGAUAAGCCAAGAGACAUCGUCGUUGAUCCAAAAGGAGGCUAUAUGUACUGGUCUGAAUGGGGCGCUACACCUUGCAUUGAAAGAGCCGAUAUGGAUGGUGGUAACCGAUAUAAAUUAAUUCACGGCAACAUGACAUGGCCCAAUGGACUGGCUUUAGAUUUUGAAAACAAUCGUAUAUAUUGGACUGACGGCGGUAACCGGACGAUCGAGUAUGCGAAUCUCGAUGGAAGUGAUAGAAAAAUUUUAAUCGGUCAGCAUCUUCCACAUCCAUUUGGUUUAGACUUGUACGGUGAUGAUAUUUUUUGGACUGAUUGGGAUACACAAUCGAUUCAAGCUGCAAAUAAAUACACUGGGAAAAACCGAAGAACUCUAGGUGCUGGUGUGGCUGGAUUGAUGGAUGUUCGAGUGUUCCAUAAAGAAAGAAUAGCAAGUACUAACAGAUGUAGCAAGAAUAACGGAGGUUGUUCACAUCUCUGUCUCUUAAAGCCCAACGGUCGCUCUUGUGCUUGUCCAAUUGGCAUUAGAAUAAAUAAGGACGGAAAGACAUGUGUCAACGGUCCCAUCAAUUAUUUGAUAUUUGCCCAUCGUAUUGAUAUACGAAUAAUAUCAUUAGAUGUGCCGUAUUUAGUCGAUGUGGUACUUCCUUUACCGCAAUUGAAGAACGCUCUUGGUGUAGAUGUUGACCAAAAAACUGGAAUUGUAUAUUGGACAGACACUGGAGAAAAAACCAUUAACCGCGCUAAUAAAGAUGGCAAAAACAACGAAACAAUAAUAGGUAGUGGUCUGCAUACAGUGGAUGGAAUUGUAAUCGAUUCGGCAGGACGCAAGAUGUAUUGGACGGACGGUGGGCGAAACAGUAUCGAGGUAUCUGAAUUGGAUGGAAGCAACAGAAAAGUUCUUGUAUGGACUGGCUUAGAUUCUCCUCGAGCCAUUGCUUUACACUACGAAGAGGGGUAUAUGUUUUGGUCCGACUGGGGGCAAUCCGCUAAAAUAGAAAGAGCAGAUAUGGACGGCAAUAAUAGACACAUCAUUAUCGACAACAAUAUCAUAUGGCCGAAUGGUUUAGCCAUUGACAGCGUUGAAGGUCGCCUGUAUUGGAACGAUGCAAAAAUAUUAACUAUUGAGAGUUCUGACUUUGAUGGAAAUGACCGUCGGACCGUACUGAACAACGUUCCAUAUCCAUAUGGAAUUGUUAUAGUAGGUCAACAUAUUUACUGGACCGACUGGAAAACUAGUGCAAUUCAUAGAGCCGAUAAAACUGACGCCAAAAACGGUAUUAUCAUUAGGGAAAAGUUGGAAGGUUUGAUGGAUAUAAAAGCGGUUCAGACUGAACGAGUAUUAGAAAAUGUUUGUGGCACAAAUAACGGUGGAUGCUCCCAUCUAUGCCUUCGAUCGCCACAUGGCUACACGUGUGCAUGUCCUACGGGAUUGUAUUUUGAAAACAAAACCGAACCAAACGCUAAAAUAUGUCGUACAUAUCCCGAAAAUUUCUUAGUGUUUGCUACGCGGGGAAGUAUAGCAACUAUUUCUCUUGAUACACCUGAACACUGGGAUGUCAAUCUGCCACUGAAAGAAGUACAGAAAUCUAUUGCAGUGGAUUUCCAUUGGGAGAAAAAACAGAUAUAUUACACCGAUGUAAGCAGGGAUUGCAUAAGUGUUAUAAACAUGUUGAAUAUGACGGAAAGUAAAGUGCUUAUAAAAGGAAAACUCGAUACCCCUAACGGGUUAGGUGUAGAUUGGAUUGCGAAUAAUAUUUACUGGACUGACAACGAAUACAAGGUUGUAGAAGUAGCUAGAUUAGAUGGUACAUCACGAAAAACUAUUAUCAAAGGCCUCAGUGAACCCAGAGCACUUGCUUUAUUCCCAGCUAAAGGGUUUUUGUACUGGUGCGAUUGGGGAGAACAUCCACGUAUUGAGCGAGCAUAUUUAGACGGGAGCCAUAGAAAUGUGAUAAUAAAACAGGAUUUGGGCUUCCCUAAUGGAAUCACGAUCGAUUAUAAGGAAAGAAGAUUAUACUGGACUGAUGCUUUGAAGGAUAGAAUUGACACUGCCGACUUGAACGGUCAUCAUCGCUUUAAUGAUUAUAUUUAUUGGACUGAUUGGUUCAAGAAGUCAGUAAUGAGAGCUAAUAAAACAACAGGAAAAAAUGUGACCGCUCUUAGAACUGAUUUAGAAAUGACAAUGGAAAUAAAGGCCGUCUCUGCUGAAAAACAACGUGGAUGGAACCCUUGCAAGGAAGAUAACGGUGGCUGCUCCCAUCUUUGUUUCUUUAGAGCUCACGAUUAUAUCUGCGCUUGUCCUGACGAACCCGAUGAUCGUCCUUGCUCAACAGAACCCAAAACACGCAUAGGGAAUAAGAUGCCACCUCACUAUGCAUCGUCAGAUGAUUACACUGACAUAGAACCGGGAGACAAACUUGUGCCCACACCAACAGCGGCACCCGAUACCAGUGUCGGUGCAAUUUUGAUCGUAGUCGCGAUCAUGACAUUUAUCAUACUUGGAGUUGUGGUUAUUGCAUUCGUAUGUGUGAAAAUCAACAAAGACCGCGGUGGGGAGUUGAAGGAAGACUACCGUGAAGCAAGUGGCCACAUCUCAUUCCACAAUCCCAAUUACAAUUGUACGACCGGAGCCAAUAGCGGGGAACCACUCGAAAGACGGCCCAAUCGAUUUCAUGGCAUAUUCAAAUAUGACAGGAGCCAGGAACGGGUGACGAAUGUAUACAUCCCGGAGGGAACAAGUCUCUUACCUCCACCGCCGCCUCCGCACCGGCAACCGCUGACUCGACCAGCGACACACGACGACUUUGAACCGGUCACCUUACAUUCAUUCGCCUGAACCUAAACAACUGACAACUUUCGUGCAAUGGAUUGAACGACGAACGCUUAAUAGUAGCUAUAGAGUAGCCGAGACAGAAGUGUCUGCGUAGAUUAGAUGUGUUUGAGACGUCCAACAGGGGAAUGUUGCAAUGCCGUGCAUAUCGACAUAUUGCCGAUAAGAACAGUCUCAACCGUCUCCAUAAUGAUGUAAUGCAACGCGACAUACUAUACGCAUAAGUACAAAUACUUUUAUUAAUCCGUGACAGAUAUAUAACUAUCAUCAUUAUGUUCCCGGUCUACAAUAAGGAUAUGAAUGAACAUUAAAACGGAACGUGAACUGUUGCAAGAGCAACAUUGUGCCUACACACAUAACUAGGUUGUGUUCAAUAGCGUAUUUUUAUGGAAAAAACGAUAAUUAAAGAAAAGAUAGAUUCAUUAAAUCUCAGACAGAUGAACGCGCUGUUGAACGCAGCCAUAUCAAAUAAUAAAGAUGCAACCCUGAGGACAAUGGUACGUCUAUUUAACGAAUGAGAAAGUUUAUUUUUCUGUGUCAUAUUCAUAGCUCACUACACUAUAUUCGAUAAUUGUCAAUUUCUGAUUAUGAGGAAAUAUCUUGGAGGAUACGUAAUUUAAGAUCACAUUUUUAGAAAGUUAAACAGAGUCGACUUCAUAUAUUUUAAUCAAUUUAUGAUAUUGUUAAAAUUUAUAAUUAACCAUGAAUGAGAUUGUAAUAAAUCACGUGAUAUUAUUUUCAUUAAACUCACUUUCCAAAUUUGUAUUCGACUUAUAUCGACGUUGGGUAAAUAUGUGUUUUACUCAAAUAAGGAUAUAUUUAAUUAUACUGACUAUUGUUAUUAGACAUAGUUAAAUACUUUUAGAGAUUAUAGAAAAUAACAAAAAAAAAACAUCUUGAGUGUAAAUAGAUGUACUUAAUUUAAACUAAACAGCAAAUAAAUAAUCAAAUGAAAUUUUGAAAAAAAAUAUUGUUCUAAGAUUAUUGAAAUUUAAAACUACGGUAACAUGCUUAAUUUAUACAAUUGCAGUUCUUUAUGCAUAUUUUAAUUAAUAAUACAUCACUAGAUGAUUGAGAUUUAUGAAGAUAAGCAUGAUACCAUAGUACAAAUAAAAUCUAAAAUUAUCAACACGUUUGAAUGAAUGUGAGUGAAAACGGGCGGAAUGUUUAUAAUUAUUAUUUUUGUACAAUUAAACUGACAUUUUCUCUCAGCGGCUCACUGGGGAGGUCAUGUCCGUAUUUAUAUAUUUGUAUAGAAAUAAAAUUUCUAGGUGCGUAGAGGUCUGGGGUCACGUGAUUUCUUUCACAAAAGAAUAACGUCUCGUCCCGACCUCGCCAAUCUAACAAACGAAUUGAAUGAUGAUAUAUGCAUAAUUAUCACGCCUACAUAUACCCUAUUCAGUUGUUGAAAACGAAUUCACUCUUAGAAGUAAUUCACCAAAUUAAAAAUGGUGACAAUAAAAUAUCAAUGUAAAUAGUUAGUUUUAAUUAACGACAUUUUUGUCAAACAAUAUUUCAUUGUAAAUAAUAGUUUAUUUAUAUUUCGUAUGUUAUGAUGUUUUACGAUUUUAUUUCAACUGUUGCAACUACAUUCUGAGUGUAGGUUUACAUUACAUUUCAUAUCAGAUACGUUUUUAGUGACCUAGAAUUAAAUUAAUGAAUACGCUUUAAUUUAUAUUGUUACAUUGCCGAAUGUAAAUUUUCUCUCGCGGUUAUGACUUAUGAAUAAUUGAAAUAAUUUAUUGGAUAUAGAUAUGUGUACUUAUUUAUUAACAACAGACGUUUUGAUUAUGCCGAUCUCCUUUUGUUUGUGAGUUUUUACGUCACAAAUACGAAUCGGACGUAUAUGACGUUUCACAGGGUGUUUUAAUCUAAGAUAGAGUUAGGAGGGAGUCAACGGUCUAACCGGACAUUAAAUGGCUAUUAAACCACACAUUGGUUAUUUCUAGAUAGAAUUCUUACACGAAUGUUAAUGACUCUCAAUAGUCCAUUGUUUUCAUAUUUCAUGAAAAUUAAAUUUCACUUAACUAUUUAAGUAGGCAAUAAAAAUAGUGCUACGGAAGUUCCUUUAAGAUUCAAUGAAAAGACAUAAUAUAAUUUUUGUUCUAUUUAUUCUUGGAAAGAAUAAUAGAACCUAGUUAAAAUAUGACAAUUCUAUAAUGCAAUGUAUUUUAUAUUUUAUUUUGUAUUGUGCACAAAUUACUGAAGAAGUACAAUAACACUUAAUGAAAUUCAUAAUACAUGUUUAUAAAUUUUUAGUGCUUAAUAUUCAGUGAAAUUCCGCCCCAAGCAAAAUUUUAAAAACAAUUAUUAUAAAAAUAAGGUUUAAUACGAUUGCGUAUUUUAUUUUGUUUUCAUCUAAUAGUAUUAUAUUAUAUGAUUACUCUGUAACAUUACAAAAGAUCUAACUUAAUAGAGCAGUUUUUAUGAUUUAUGAAACAAGUUACAUAAAAUGUUAAUGAGUUUCCAUGAAAAUGUUUUACUAUAAUGUACGAUGUUUUCGAUAUUAGUUUUUAGAGUAUCUUACGUCUAUUGUUUUGUUAAUAGCUUGUAAGGGAAGAAAAAGAUAAAGUAUGUGAGUGCUGUGAUACCAAAUGCUUAGUGAGUUAAAGUUGGUCACCGAUGAUGGCAGUCACCACGUGAACAGAUCACAAUAAGUUUGUCUCAUAUAAGGUACAAUGAAGCCAUUGUGCCAGGUUUGAUAUAGCACAAACGCACAACGCACAAUGGAUGUUACAAUUCCUUUAUUUUUUAAUUUUCAAUUCGACAUGUGAAAUUCUAAAUUAAAAGAGUAUUAAUGCGAGUGCCAAAUUAUGAACUCCGUAAUUAUUAAUUUUAUUACUUUCUAUAUUAUUAUUAAAUUAUAGUGGGAAAUUAGAUAAUGAAUUAAACAGCUUUUACACCUUGUGGCCUCCAUGCAGGUGUUGAAACUGUUGUCUGAUUUAUUAUUGUACUGAG